AUUCAGCCGCCAGUUGUUGUAGUGACUCUCGGUCUGGACGGUGGUGGAUGGACGCGUGAAAAGUAGUGGUGUGGUUGGUGGUGGUUCUCUCUCUCCCUCCCUCCCUCCCUCGCCGUCUCCCGCGCGCUUCUUUCUCGCGAAAGUCACCGUCAACGAAUUCCCGUCGGUGAUGUGCAAGGAAGCCUCCCACACGAGUGAUGAAUAUAAUACCCUGCAGUUGUGUCGGUCAUUUCGCAGCCUGAGGUUUUUGGAAAGGGGGACUCUCGAGUCACGCCAUCGCUGCUAAACCAGGAGGGAUCAUUCUCGCCUCCGAGCCUCACGAACUACCCUCUGCUGACAACAGACUGGCCGUAUCGAUGGCUCGACUCGCAGCCGCAUUGGCACUCCUGACGGUGCUCGUCGCCGGAGGACCUUCGGCGGCCCUUGGCGAGGAGGAACUCCCGCCGAAGAUGCAGCGCGAUGACUCUUCUGUAACCAUCCGUAAGCCCCGUUUGGUCGCGCCCGACAGAGAAGGCGGCCGCCCUCAGAAGACUCCGUACCCGACGACCCAAGAGGAGGAGAACAGCACUCCCUUAGACGGCCAGUCGCUGCAGUGGGCGCAAGCAGCCUACGACUUCCUGCAGAGCCUGCCGUGCGAGAAGCAGGUGUGGACGACCGAAGACGCCUGCGGGGAAGCCAAGCACAUCCCCAAAAGGCACAUGAGGGUCUGGGCCACGAGGGCAGGCAGGAAAUACGUCGCUCGCCUUCCGGACGGGUCCCUCCAGAGGUCAGGGGACCACGACGGGGUCGUGCUCCUCGAUCCUUAUCCCUCGGCCUCCUGGGGUCACCUGGUGUUCGUGCUCUUCGUCAGGAGCAACGUCACCCUCACCUCGUGCACUGAUCUCAAAGGAUACUGGACGCACCCCGGCGACUGCCUGACGGUAGCGGUGAAGGAGAGAUGCAGGAACCUCUUCGACAGGCGAGGCAGACGCAAGAAUUACGCCCGGCGUUGCGAAAUCAACUUCCCGCCCCUGGUCCUGACGGCGGAAGACGCCCACGCCCACGCCUACAGCCGCGCCCACAGCCCCACCGCUCAUCGCGCUACCGAGAGUCCCAUCCAGAGGCUGAGGUGCAGGGAUGACGUCAUCGGGUACGCGCCCUGCGCCAGACUGAGGACCCUCAAUGACACGGAGCAUCUCGUGUGCGACCCUCUGGGCGUGAACUCGAAGCGGUGUUCCGCGGGGCACAACACCGUCCACACCAGGUGUCGCCUGUUCGAAGUGUGCGACCAGGCCGUCCUGGUCUCCGGAGGGUGGAACAGGGACCUCUCGCCGGAGGAGUCCCGAAACAAGCUCAAGAUGUCCUACAACAUGCUCAGGCACAACGGCUUCCACAAGGGCAAUAUCAAGAUCUUCUACGCCAACGGCGCCAAGAAGAACGCAGAUCCGGAAAUGCCGCACGCCAUCUACCCGUCGUCUAUGAAACUAGGAUUCCGGUACCACCUGAGAAAUCUGUGCUCGCUGCCCAUGUGCGCCGAUGCGCUUUUGUUAUACCUGGCUGGUCCCUCGUUCAACGACGGCACCAUUCUGCUCUGGGACGAGGACAGGAAUGGACUGGUCAGGGGCGGGGAGGUCUACAGCCCCAGAGAGAUCCUUCGUGACCUGCAGGACUGCACUGCCAGACAGGUGACCCUCUUGGUCGACACCUCCUACGCCGGGGAAAUCGUCAAAGCUUUCGCCGCCUCCAAGAAGCACAAGAAUGUCCAGGUUUACGCAGCUGGCAGUUCCGAGGACUACUCUUGGGGGAGGGAAUUCACCAGCCACUGGGCACACUACGCUCAUACCCACUCCUGCACCAAGCAUGUUCACCAGGCCUCGUUAAGCGGAGUCCACCUCUCGCAUCCAACUUCUUACGAUGGCUCCAACGGAGAGCUGCAACGGACAAUCUUCGGUGCUCCCUGCGACGUCUCCCCUCCGUUCUCUUGGAAGGAACUGCACCAUCGUUACCUCGGAUGCCAGAACACACCAACGGCUAUUUGGGUGCGUUCAUUUCCACCGCAUUUCUCCCCACCAACUGUUUCAGACAUCACGGAUGAAUUCUAUCUGCCAGAGAUGGAUUUCGUUGAAUACUGAAAUAUGCAUUAACUUCAAAUGUAGGUUAGGGAUGUGUAGCUAUGUGUGCGUCCGAGAGAUAUAAUGUGAAAGAGAGAAAGAAAGAGAGAAUUCUAUAGGCAUCUAUCCCAGUUGGUCUUAGUCCUAAAAGGAAUUAAACUGGACAGAGUAAUUGUGAAUAAUUUAUAAAUGUGUGAAAUAUGAUCGUAACAAAGAAGCAAUCGUUCUUCGUCAAAGUCUACAACUAAAGUACUAGCGACUUUGAAAAGGGACCUUAUUCUGUAAACAAAAGCUUUAAAUGUUUCUGAAACGAAACCGUUACGUAAAUGAGAGUGAGCGAGAGAGAGGGAGAAAGGGAGUUAUAUAAUCGUACUUAACUAGAUGUAUCAUAUUCUUUCCAAACUUAAUGUAUGCGUGUCACAUAUGCACCCUGUUAGAGUUCGUUCCGCUCCGCGUCCGUAAUCAAACCAGAGAGGUAUAAAGUGUGUGUAGUUUUUACUCUUAAGAAUUUUCACUUCUUCUCCCACUUUGGUUUAUAAUACUCAUGUGAACAGAUAUUUAGUCACCAGGCAUCGUAAUUCGCAUGGCAUGUCAUUUGAUUUCAUAAUACUUCAUCAUGAUAUAAUAGUAACCAUUGUUUUGAUUCUGCAGGACGAUAGGAAUAGCGUUCGCUGAAGAUUUCCCAGGUAAUUCUUAGCUAGUUUUUGUUGAUGCUGAAGAUAAAACACGGAUUUCCCUGCCUUUUAAUGAAGUCCAGCCAAGAGCAGAUAUUUUGCCUGUUUUUACUCACGAAUUUCAGCCUAGAGAGCGAGUCUUAUUCGUACAACAGUUCUUUCGGUUAGCUGUUUUGCUUUCAAAAUUAAAGUUCAUUUUUUCUUUGUAAAUACGAGGGCUGAAGUGCGUACAUGUAGUUUUUACUCGUGAAAGAAUGUUUUACCAUAAAACGGUUGAAAAAAUGCAGUUUCAAGUAUUAUUAUUAACUUGGCAACUUUCCAUGUUAAGAGACUACAACAACAUUGCAACAUACGGUACAACUUUGUAAUUCAAUGAUUGUCUGUGUUUCCUCAAAACUCAUUCCGUUACUUAGUUUACCGUCUUCAGUACUGCAUUUUGUUAAAAAAAAAAGAAAAAAAGACAAGUCAUCCAAAAUUCAGAUAUUACUGUUGUAAUAAUUGAUGUUUGCUCGAUACUGUACGGUGAUAAAAUUAAUCCUUUCUUAGCAUGUGUCUUUUACAAACUAAGUGAAUUAUCGCAUUAUCCCGGGUUGGUUAGCAGUCUCAUGGCUGGGAUAAAACGGCGCUACGUUCAGAUAAUCAUCCCCUCCUUUACUUUGUCACGAAAACGAUAGAAAGUGAAACUUGUUUCAAUUUUAUAAAAAGAAAAAAAAAAUCUACGUUUGUGUAAAAGGGUGGUCAUAGACAUAUUGCCAAAGAUGUCGUUUUCGUUCACUUAAUUCUUUGCCUUUGAUCAGAGUUCCUCGUUGCAUUGGUAAUGGUACUACAGCCUAGUUAUUUAAACACUUUGGAGAAUUCAUUAUAUAUUCGUGAAAAUUUCAGUACUUGGAAGCACCCCGUCAAUCACUGCUUCAAUGGCUAAACAAUUAUUGACGCAUAUCUUCGCACCUUCUUCCUUGGGAUUAAGUUCCCAGACUCUCAUGACAUAUGUUAACCAAAUACCUCACAGUAUCUUAUCCUGUAUAUAGGAAAUUAAGGUAUUUUGUUGAUGACUUGUAAAUAUGAUCAUAGGUUACGUCUACCGUUCCUGCUCGUUAUACUCAUUCAGAUGGAUAACUCGUGGAGCGAGGUUAAUUAUGGCGUACCACAUCCUAGGAAUCCUAAAGUAGUUUCUCGGUUGGCUGUUGUAGAAAUAUCAUCACAAUUACAGAGGUCUAGAAUGUCGUCGUACACAUAUUAGUCUAGUGUUAAGGAGGGUUGAUGCACCUCACUUCUCCCACAGUCUGGGUGUCUGCACUACAUAAGCCUGCUCUUUGUAUUUCUUUAAACUUAUUUAUCAACAACAACAACAAAAAGAGACAAAAAAAAGUUAUCCAAGACUGUAGGGGACAAAUGGGGCGAACACAGGAUUGUAACGAAAGCAUCGUAGUGUUGGUUGAUAAUUUACAUUUUAGGCGUGUUCUCAGACAACCUUGAUUGGGAUGGCUGAUGUUGUGAAUGGAGAAAGUAAGUCUAAGUCUUACUGUCGUUAUUUGUAAAAUGUAAUAAAUAAAUUCUCAGUACGAAAGAACCUGGGAAAUGUGAUUUUGAUGCUUCAUAAGGUUUAAGGAGGAGUACACUUACACGAAUUCGGCAACAUACAUCACAGAUUCAAUUUGUGACCGAUUUGUACAGCAAAACAGGGAACACAUUGUGCAAAGGACAAAUAAUUCAAUUCAAAAAGUGCACAAGAUAAGUAAUAAAUCUGCAUGCAUCAACCUAAACCUUGAAGGGACUGGCUUCCUGACUAGAGAGUAGGCUACAUUAAUACAUUGAGAAUAUUAGAUUACUUGGUCAGUCAUUAGAUGAUCAUUUAGAGUAGAAGAAAAAAAUCAUGAAAUGUUAAACCUUGUCAUCCAUACACACAAAAGGUUAUUAACUGUAGUUGACAAGUAACCAUGUGUGAAAAGCUUUAACUUCUUAGGCAACAGCUCUAAAAAUGGUUAAUGCGUGAAUGGUGUAUAAAAUAAAGCAACUCAUUCCAAUCGCAUCCUUAUCAUUUUCCUUUAAUACUCAGUUCAUGUAAUCACUUAGGUAUAUGAUAAGCAACAUUAAAAAUCAUAAUAC